AUGGAGGAAGGCGACUAUUGCUACACUUCCAAAAUAGAGCCCAAAAACAUUACCGAAGCCUUAAAAGAUGAAUUUUGGGUGGAAGCCAUGCAAGAAGAAUUGCAACAUUUUGAAAGAAACAACGUCUGGGAGUUAGUCCCUAGACCAGAAAAAGCCAAUAUCAUCGGGACAAAAUGGAUCUACAAGAACAAAACAGAUGAACAAGGAAACAUAACAAGAAACAAAGCUCGACUAGUAGCACAAGGAUACACACAAAUUGAAGGGACAGAAUUUGAGGAAACAUUUGCCCCAGUAGCCAGAAUUGAAUCAAUCCGGCUCCUCAUAGCAAUAUCUUGCAUACUCAAGAUAAAACUCUAUCAAAUGGACGUAAAAACAGCAUUUUUAAAUGGCAAUUUAAAAGAAGAAAUCUAUGUUGCUCAACCAAAGGGAUUUGAGGAUCCUCAUUUUCCAUAA